UCCAAUUAUAUUUAUUAAGUUACGUAGUUACAUAAUCCACGUGUCUGUACAUUAACAUCUCUCCAUUCCCAAAAGCUUUUCUAUCUACUCCGUAAAAUCUGUAACCUAAGAAAGACUCCAAGCAAGUUUUCUCUUCAGUGCAGACCACUUGAAAGCAACAAAGCGGUUGAGUGGAGCUGGUCGAUCGGUCACCGGAAAACACAAAUCCCUUCCGUGAAAUUGUGAUUAUGAAUAUGGGUUCGUUAUUGGAGUCAAAUUGGGCAUGGCUUCCGAAGAUCUUAUUGGACAUGAUUCUGGACAAAGUAGUUUCGCUUUCAGACUAUGUUCGCUUUGGUGCGGUUUGUAAACAAUGGCAUUCUGUGGCAAUGGAGAACGAAGUUCAAGUCCUUGAAAAGAAGGCUUGCAGACAAGUUCCAUUCUUGAUGGUCCUAUGAAAGUUAAUAGCGAGGAAAGACUUAGUCUAUAUGGUAGGGGUGCAACUUGGGUUGGGUAACCUGAACCCAACCCGAGCCCAGCCUGAUUUUUUAUGAGCUUGGACAAUUAUUUUUACAAUUUAGGUUGGGUUUGGGUUGAAAAAUCUCAACCCGAAUUUAAUUAGGGUUGGGCUUUGGUUGAAGUGCUAGCAACCUGAGUCAACCCGAACCCGAAUUCUAAUAUUAUUUUUAUAUAUAUUUUUACUUUUAAAUACAUUAAAUAUAAUAUUUAAAUUAUGAUUACUUUUUUACUUUUCAACUUCUUGUAUGUUAAUAUUUAGGCUAAUUAAUUUUCUAAAAAUUUGUUUGCAAUUCAUUAAAAUUCUACAAAAAGUCUUUAAACUUUUUCUUGUUUAAGAGUAAUUUAAUUUAAAAUUAAUUCAAUAUCAUAUUAAAUUUUUGGUGUAAGGAUUAGUCAUAUGAGUAACCCGAAUUAACCCGAAGUUUUUACCCAGAAUCUAAGCCCGAGUUGCAAGCCCGAAUUUAAAAAUAGAAGGAUGGGUUGGACUUGGGUUGAGUAGUUAAGGUUGAGGAUAGGGUUAGGGUUUAGCAUUUCAUAUAGUGGGUUGGUUUCAAGUUAUACCUUAAACCCGCCCGAGUUGCAGCCUUACUAUACAGCAUCACUCACAGUAAACUAUAUGAUUUUCAGUUAUGGGCUCCACACAUGGUUGGUUGUAUACUGUGAAUGAAUCAUUGGGCAUAACCUUAAUCAACCCAUUCUCUGGCGCUACCAUUGAGCUUCCUUCAAUUAUGGAGCCCUCAAAAUUGGAACCUCCUCAUGAAGACUAUGACAAUGACGAUGAUGAUUUUGAAGUUAUUAAGGUUAUAUUGUCAGCUGAUCCUGCUUCAUCUCCUAAUGACUAUAUUGUUACCGCCAUUUAUAGUGGUUGCCAUAGCUUGGUAUUUAUUCAGGCAGGAGAUGACGCUUGGACUUGCAUAAAUACAGAGAGAUUUAUAAUGAUCUAUGAUGUCACCUAUUAUAAAGGCCAGAUUUUUGCAAUUGAUAAUAGAGGUGGAGUACGAAUGAUUGAUGUUAAUAGAAGGCCAGGAGAUGGUAUGGCUCUCCAAGUGAAGGUAAUUAUACCACGGACUAAUGUGUAUUCUAAACCGAAGUAUUUUGUCGUUGUCGAAUCAUCUAUGGGGGAUUUACUUCUUGUAAAAAGGAUUUUUAAAUCUAAAAAUGACACACAUCACACAACUUUUAAGGUUUUCAAGUUGCUCUUAGACCAAUUUGAGCAAGGUUGGGCUAAGCUGGUUGAAAUGAAGAGCUUGGGCAGUGACACCCUGUUUUUGGGACAUAACCAUUCCAUUUGUGUUUCAGCUUCCAAAUGGCCCGGAUGCGAGCUGAAUUCCACAUACGCCGAUGAUUUUAUUGAUCUUUUAUGGCAUCCCAGACGCCAUGAAAUUGAUAUCUUCAACAUAGAGAAUUGAAGCUUUGGGACACAUUACUUCCUUGAUCCUUCACCUAAACGAAUUGGAAUUGUGCCAAUUGUGUUAUGAAAUUGAGUAUAGGCUUAAUUUGUUUGGAGUGUCUCUUGGUCAAAUCUAAUUUUAUUUUAGGUAUUUUUGCUUAUCAUUUUUAUGCAGCGAAAAAAAAAAAAAAAAAAUCUGUUAUUUCUCUAGCUGUAUCAAAUUGUUGGAUCGAGUUUGUAAAACAUAAUUAAAUAUUAUUGUGGUUUUUUCUCAAUUUUUUUUAUGAUAUUAUAAAUAUUUCCUGAGCUGGAAUUAAUUUUCAUUUUAUUUUAUAAGAAAGUUAACUGUCUUUUAUU